CACGAACACCCGAAUGGGGCUUCUGGUAUCAAACCCCACACAACAAGUCAGUGAAAGUUCGUCAUCCGUCUGGGAACGGGUGCGUACGCGUCUUCGCUUAAUACAUAGCGGCGUCUUUGGUAGCCAUAUAGCACACUGUCGGUAUAUUUUUCGUAGCGAGGCUCGAGCGAGGCAGCGAAGCGAUAGUUACCUCGACUUUUCUCACUCCAUCUGAUCAAGGAAGACAGGGCCCACUCGUCUCAUAAAUCACCAACAUCGUUCCUCUGGCCUGGGCCUUCUUAGAUUCGAGAUCUGUAUUUUUACCAUCACUAUAUUCAUCAUGGCAACGAAAGCCAGUGACGACAAAGACAUCACUUCGAACCUCACCAAGCUGUCUCUCAAAACCACGGAGCUAGAGACUACCAAACCCACAGCACGCGCCAAGCCCCAGAAGAAGGCCAGUCCGGUCGCAGACAGCUGGGAGGACGAGGCCGAUGACGACGAUAAAUCAGCCGCAGACACAGAGGAGACACCCACGGCAGCCCCUAGCAAGGCCGGCACCUCGGCGCCACCGCCAACACCUAUGUCGCCCGUAGCCAGUAACAGGCGGCCAUUCUCGCCAUCCGCACUCUCCGGGCCGGGGUUCACUGUCCCGCCAUUCGACGGCGCAAGUGACUCCCCGAAAGAACCAGCAUCGACAGGGCCGUCCAAACGGCCCGAGAAGACAGACGCGGUCGCGCGGCGCAUGAUUGCUAGUGCUCUGGGCAUGAGGGCGCCGAAACUAACGGAGGAGCAGAAGGCGUACGACCGCGCGGUCCGUGAGAAGGAGCGGAAGCGGCUGGAGCAAGAGAAGGAGGAGAAGCGGAAAAAGGAAGAGGAGAUCGCGAAGGCGAAGCAGGCGAUUUGGGAGGACUGAAAAGCCUGGAAAUUUACAGUGUUGUUGUUUUGGAUACCUAUGCUAUGCAGAGAGACUGGCUCUUUGUAUAAGCUAGAUUGAUUGUUCUUGGGUAUUUCUAGUUGUAGAUUACCCCAAGCCUAGAUCAUUUGCGGCGGGCGGCAUACUUUCAGCCAUCGCUGUGAGCGUACUGAGAGCUGCGGUACUACGUAGUUCUUUCAACAGGUGAUAUUCAACCUGGAAUUGUUGUGAGGGGCAAGAUGGCGCUGGAAUAGAGCCGAUGACGUGUGGCAUGU